GUUGUGUGCUCUGUGCGUGUAAACGUGUUAAGAUUUCAAGCGACGUUGCCAACCUGAACAGAUCAUUUAAAUUCCACCCGUUCAAGUAUCUCACCCUCGUGGAAAAACUACCGUGAAUUGCCACAACAACAACCAUCUCUGUCAACAGUAUCGGCUGAGUGUCCAACGACUCAGCUCGACUACCAAUGGACUACGAAGCUGUUAAAGAACAAUGGAGCGAAGUGGAAGAUCGUGAUGGCGUUCGCCUGAGCUGGAAUGUCUUUCCAAGCUCCCGAAUGGAAGCCUCAAGGCUAGUUGUACCGAUAGGCGCAUUAUUCACUCCUUUGAAAGAGAAGCCAGAGACGCCUCUGCUACAAUUCGAGCCCGUCACAUGCAAGCAGCCUUGUCGUUCGGUCCUCAACCCAUUCUGUCAGGUGGAUGUUCGUGCUCGUGUAUGGAUCUGCCCAUUCUGCUUGUCAAGAAACCAGCUUCCGCCACAUUACAAAGAUAUCACCGCGAAUGCGAUCCCACCAGAAUUGCAUCCUGCGAAUACUACUAUCGAAUAUAGGCUGUCAAGGCCUGCGCCUGCGCCGCCUCUGUUCCUAUACGUUGUUGAUUUAUGCCAGGAGGAAGAUAGUCUGGUUGCCUUGAAAGAGUCCCUAGUAAUGAGCCUUAGCCUCCUUCCAGAAAAUGCGCUGGUUGGGCUUAUUACGUAUGGUACAAUGGCUCAAGUCCAUGAAAUUGGUUAUGAGGGCUGCGCCAAGUCCUAUGUCUUCCGUGGAAGUAAAGACUACUCUGCCAAAACUGUUCAGGAGAUGCUCGGCCUGACGUCGCAUGGCCCAAGACCUGGAGUGCCACCACAGGCAGGCCGCCAGAUGAACGUUGGAUCCACGUCAAGAUUUCUGUUGCCGGUUCAGCAGGCUGAAUUCCAACUUACUAAAGUUCUGGAGUCUCUGCAAAAAGACCCCUGGCCAACCGCCAGCGACCGGAGAAGCCUACGCUGCACUGGUGUUGCUUUGAGCGUUGCCAUUGGCCUAAUGGAGUCAACGUUUCAAAACUCUGGUGGUCGUAUAAUGCUGUUCGCCGGCGGGCCCGCAACCGAAGGACCUGGUAUGGUUGUUGGCCCAGAACUAAGGGAGCCGAUCCGUUCUCAUCACGACAUCGAUCGCGAUAACGCCAAGUACUACAAGAAGGCACUAAAGUUUUACGAUAACUUAGCCAAGCGUACUGCCCAUAAUGGCCACAUCAUAGAUAUAUUUGCAGGCUGUCUUGACCAAGUUGGUUUGCUUGAAAUGAAGGGGCUCUGUAACUCAACAGGCGGUCAUAUGAUUCUCACUGACAGCUUUACAUCUUCAAUGUUUAAACAAUCAUUUGUGCGCAUUUUCGAGAAAGAUGGCGACGAUAACCUCCUGAUGGGCUUCAACGCGGUACUUGAAGUACUGACAACUAAGGAGCUCAAGGUCACUGGGCUGAUUGGGCACGCAGUGUCCCUCAAUAAAAAGUCAGUCUCUGUUGGCGAGACGGAGUGUGGUAUCGGUAAUACCUGUUCAUGGAAGAUGUGUGGCAUCGAUCCCAAUUCCAGCUAUGGUAUCUAUUUUGAAGUUGCAAAUCAAGGGCCGACAACUCACCAACAAGCACCCCAAAAGGGGAUGAUGCAGUUCUUAACAUAUUAUCAACAUUCCUCGGGACAAUUUCACCUUCGUGUGACGACUAUUGCUAGGAAUCUGAGCGGCCCUGCUGGAGAUCCAGCCAUCGCGCAAUCCUUUGACCAAGAAGCAGCAGCUGUGCUGAUGUCACGGAUUGCUGUUUUCAAGGCUGAGGUUGAUGAUGGGCCCGAUGUACUGCGCUGGGUGGAUAGGAUGUUGAUCCGCCUUUGCUCAAGAUUUGCAGACUAUCGAAAGGAUGACCCGACUUCAUUCCGUUUGGAGAAGAACUUCACCCUAUAUCCUCAAUUUAUGUUCCAUCUUCGCAGAAGCCAGUUUUUACAGGUUUUCAACAAUUCGCCUGACGAAACUGCAUUUUAUCGUCACGUGUUAAACCACGAAGACGUUAGCAAUUCCCUCGUCAUGAUUCAGCCGACUCUAGACUCAUACACAUUUGAUCAGGACGGAGGCCAGCCUGUACUGCUUGACUCUGCGUCCAUUCAGCCAACCCAUAUCCUUCUACUAGAUACCUUCUUCCAUAUUCUCAUUUUCCACGGUGAAACCAUUGCCGAGUGGAGAAAGGCUGGCUACCAGGACCAAGAAGGCUAUGAGAACUUUGCCGCUCUAUUAGAACAACCAAAAGAAGACGCCAGGGAUCUAAUUACGGACCGUUUCCCACUCCCUAGAUUCAUUAUUUGCGAUGCGGGUGGCUCUCAGGCGAGAUUCCUGCUCUCCAAACUUAAUCCAUCAACAACUCAUACGACAGGAGCAUAUGGUGGUGUCGGGGCAACCUCUGCCCAAACCAUUUUCACUGAUGAUGUGUCUCUGCAGACAUUUAUGGACCAUUUGAUGAAGUUGGCUGUUAGCGGCACGAACUAAAAUAGAUUGGUUAUCACAGAUAAUAAAAUCACGGAGACCCGUCUUUUUUUUUUUUUUUUUUGCCCCAAGCACAAUCCUGUGUAACUUAAAUCUAAUGGUAAUAAUAUAAAUAUUUGCUAUGUAUGUAUGUGCAUACAUACAUACAUAUGUACAGUACAUACACAUAUAUUGGUGAGAUACAUACACACGUCCGUAGCAAUGAUUUUGGAUGAACUGGCUACUUUUCAUGGCUCAGUGUUGUACACAUAGGGGGAAGUCGGAGAGUUCUGUUAGUCGGGAGUUGGAGCUAGGGCGAUGGCUUGAAGUAUAAGCGGAGCCGAGAACAAUAUGAAUCUGAUGAUAAUAUUAAGGCGCUCUGACGUUUUAGCAAAGACAAACAGUUACGAAUAAUGGCACAGGGUAUUUUUUUACCUGAAAUAUAAUAUAUACAGUACAG